UGCGUUUCUCCUUGUCUUGGUCGACUGUUCCGUGUUAUCCUUCCUGCCUCUCUGAACAACCCACUUCUCCUGGCAGCCAAGCACAUGAUUGGUGGAAAUGCAAGAAGGCCCUGGAUAAUUCACUGUCUUCCCCCAUCUGCUCACAUUCCGGAACAUCUACCCAUCUAUCAUAGCAUCUUCACAGGGGCGGAGAAAGCCAGGCAAGAGGCUAGAGUGCCUGCAGCACCGGUGCAGGGUUUCUGAGCCUAAACACCGAAGCCUCAAGGAUGGCAGUCACGACAACAAAUCCAAUGGACAAAACCAUACCUGGAAGUUUCAACAGCAGGACCCUGAUCCCAAAUCUGAUGAUCAUCAUCUCGGGACUAGUCGGGCUGACAGGAAACGCCACUGUGUUCUGGCUCUUGGGCUUCCGCUUACGCAGGAAUGCCUUCUCCGUCUACAUACUGAACCUGGCCAUAGCUGAUUUCCUCUUCCUCCUCUGUCACAUCAUAGACUCCACGCUGCUCCUCCUCAAGUUUUCGUACCCUGACAUUAUUUUUCUCCCGUCCUUUAACACCGUCAUGAUGGUUCCCUACAUCGCAGGCCUGAGCAUGCUCAGUGCCAUCAGCACAGAGCGCUGUCUCUCUGUCCUGUGCCCCAUCUGGUAUCGCUGCCGCCGCCCAAAACACACAUCAACUGUCAUGUGUGCUGCGAUCUGGGUCCUGUCACUGUUGAUCUGCAUUUUGAACAGGUAUUUCUGUGGUUUCCUGGAAAAAAAAUACGAAAAUGACAAGCGGUGCCUGGCAUCGAAUUUCUUUAUUGCCGCGUGCCUAAUAUUUUUGUUUGUGGUCCUCUGCGCGUCCAGCUUUGCCCUGCUGGCCAGGUUGUUCUGUGGCGCUGGUCGGAUGAAGCUCACCAGAUUGUACAUGACCAUCAUGCUCACUGUGCUGGUUUUUCUCCUCUGCGGCUUGCCCUUUGGCAUCCACUGGUUCCUGUUAAUCUGGAUUAAGAUUGAGUAUGGUGUGUUUGCUUACGGUCUCUAUCUGGCGUCACUCGUCCUGACAGCUGUUAACAGCUGUGCCAACCCCAUCAUUUACUUCUUCGUGGGCUCCUUCAGGCAUCAUCUGAAGCACCAGACCCUCAAAAUGGUACUCGAGAGGGCUCUGCAGGACACUCCUGAGACAGCUGAAAACACGGUGGAGAUGUCAACCAGCAAAGUGGAGCAGUGAUGAAAAGCCUCUGCCUGGACCUGACAUGC